AUGUCCGAUUCGGACGUUCUUCAGUCUGCGGUGCGCGUCCCCACGCCUCCCCCAGGUGUGUCGGACUCACCAGCGACAGCCUCUCGGAAACGCUCGCCUCCGUCUCGUUCUCCCUCGCCGAAUCGCCGUCGCUCUCCUCCUGGUGAUUCCACCCGAAAUGGCUCCGAUGUCCCCAAUGGUGAUGCGGAGCGUGCUGAUGACAGAGAACGACAACUCGCUGAGCGCGUUCGCGAACAUGAAAAGCGCGAAGCAGCGCGCAAGCCGAUGACCGAGGAGCAAAAGCAGGCCUCCGCAAAGGCAGAAUACGAAAAGCUACUCAACAUGCGAUCGGGCGGUACCUAUAUCCCUCCGGCCCGACUUCGUGCGCUGCAGGCGCAGAUCACAGAUAAGUCGAGCAAGGAAUACCAGCGCAUGGCGUGGGAAGCUUUGAAGAAGUCAAUCAACGGUCUUAUCAACAAAGUCAACGUCUCAAACAUCAAGUUUAUUGUGCCGGAACUCUUUGGUGAGAAUUUGGUGCGAGGCCGUGGAUUGUUCUGUCGGUCCAUCAUGAAGGCGCAAGCGGCUAGUUUGCCAUUCACUCCCAUCUAUGCGACUAUGGCGGCGAUUGUGAACACGAAGCUCCCGCAAGUUGGUGAUUUAUUGCUUUCUAGAUUGAUUGUUCAAUUCCGCAAAGCGUUCAAGCGAAACGAUAAGGCAGUUUGCAUCUCGUCUACGACCUUUAUUGCACAUCUCUGCAAUCAACAAGUUGCCCACGAGAUGCUGGCAGCUCAGGUCUUGCUACUUCUCCUGCACAAGCCGACAGACGACAGCGUGGAAAUUGCCGUGGGACUCACGCGAGAGGUCGGCCAGCACCUGGAAGAAAUGAAUGCCCCAAUCGCUCUCGCUGUAUUCGAUCAAUUCCGAAACAUUCUGCACGAGGCCGACAUUGACAAGCGUGUGCAAUACAUGAUUGAGGUGCUGUUCCAAGUGCGCAAGGAUCGCUACAAGAACAACCCAGCUAUAAAGGAGGAAUUGGACCUCGUGGAAGAUGAAGAUCAGAUUACCCACCGUGCUGGCUUGGAUGAUGAUCUUGAGACUCAGGACAUGCUCAAUAUCUUCAAGUACGAUGCAGAGUGGGAGGAGCAUGAGGAGGCUUACAAGAAAUUGAAGGCCGAGAUCCUGGGCGAAGACAGCGACGAGGACGGCGAAGACGGAUCGGACGAAAGCGAGGAAGAAGAAUCGGAUACCGAGGAGGUGCAAAUGGACAUCAAAGACCAGAGUAACACUGAUCUGGUCAACCUUCGGCGAACCAUUUAUCUCACUAUCAUGUCCAGCAUUGAUUUCGAAGAAUGUUGUCACAAACUGAUGAAGAUUAACCUGCCGGCCGGGUUAGAGCACGAACUUCCUUCAAUGAUCAUUGAAUGUUGCUCCCAAGAACGAACCUACUCCAAAUUUUACGGUUUGAUUGGAGAGCGGUUCGCAAAAAUCAACCGUCUUUGGUCUGAUCUCUUCGAGGCGGCCUUCGCCAAGUACUACGAUACCAUCCAUCGUUAUGAAACGAACAAACUCCGCAACAUUGCGCAGUUCUUCGGGCACUUGAUCAGCAACGAUGCCAUUGGCUGGCACGUGUUGUCUGUCAUCCAUCUCAAUGAAGAGGAGACCACAUCAAGCAGCCGUAUCUUUAUCAAAAUUCUCUUCCAGAACCUUGCAGAGAACCUCGGCCUGCCAGGUCUCCAAACCCGCUUCAGAGAUGAGAUCCUCCGCCCAAGCUUCGAGGGCUUGUUCCCCACAGAGAACCCUCGUCACACCAGAUUUUCCGUCAAUUACUUUACCAGUAUUGGCAUGGGUGUGUUGACAGAGGACAUGCGCGAGCAACUAAAGAACGCCCCUCGCCCUGCAGUCCCAGCCCUCCCCGCACGCGCUUCUCGGAGUCUGUCGCGCACUCCAUCCGAUCGCUCGCGCUCACGCUCCAUGUGCUCAACAUGCACCGGAUCCCCACAUUCCCGCCGCUCUCGGUCUCCUUCAUACUCCCGCUCGCCCUCUCGAGGUCGUGGUCGCUCUGACUCCCGUUCACUUUCUCGGGGUCGCAGCCGCUCCUACUCUCGCUCACUCACUCGUUCUUCCCGGAGCCGGAGCCGGAGCUAUACCCCAUCCCGAUCUCGCACUCCGGUUCGCCGUCGCCGUGAUGUAUCCGACAGCCGAUCCCGUACUCCCGCCGGACGGUCCCGGUCCCGGUCUCGGUCUAUUUCUCGCACUCCGGCCAAGCGCCGAGCUCGUUCCCGCUCCCGCUCCUACGACUCACGAAGUCCGAGUCGUAGCCGCAGCCCAUAUCGUCGCUCGGUCUCUCGGGGGGCAAGAAGGUACACUGAGUCCGCGUCGCCCCCUCCUCGGCGCAGACGCGAUGAUUCACACUCUCGCUCGCCUCCUCCUAAGCGUCGGGACGAAUCACGGGGUCGAAGCUAUUCGCGAACACCGCCUCGCCGUAGAUAA